CACCACGCCACCACUGCCCUUCUUGCGCGAGCGAUCCCGUCUCCCUCCCUCCCUCCUCGAUCAAUCGAUCGCCAUGGAGGACACCACCUCGCCGGCGGCGGCUCGCUCCACGCGCGCGCGACUCGUCCUCGCUGCCGUCGUCUCGUCGCUGCUGCUGCUGCAGGCUCCAUCGACCGUCGCCGCGAAACCGUCCUACGUCGUCUACCUCGGCGGCCGCCGCUCCCACGGCGGCGGCGUCUCGCCGGAGGAGGCGCACCGGACCGCCGCGGAGUCGCACUACGACCUCCUCGGCUCCGUCCUCGGAGACAGGGAGAAGGCGCGGGAGGCCAUCUUCUACUCGUACACGAGGAACAUCAACGGGUUCGCGGCGGGGCUGGAGCCGGAGGAGGCCGCGGCGGUGGCGGGGCUCCCCGGCGUGGUGUCGGUGUUCCCCAACAGGGGCCGGCGGCUGCACACCACGCGGUCGUGGCAGUUCAUGGGGCUCGAGAGGGGCGACGGCGAGGUGCCGCGCUGGUCGGCCUGGAAGGUCGCCCGCUACGGCGAGGGCGCCAUCAUCGGCAACCUCGACUCAGGCGUGUGGCCGGAAUCGCUGAGCUUUAACGACCGUGAACUUGGGCCGAUCCCAAAUAGCUGGAAAGGAAUCUGCCAGAAUGAUCACGACAAAACGUUUAAGUGCAACAGCAAGCUGAUCGGCGCGCGCUACUUCAACAAGGGCCACGCGGCGGGGACCGGCGUCCCGCUCAGCGACGCGGAGAUGACGCCGCGGGACGACAACGGCCACGGCACGCACACGCUCGCCACCGCCGGCGGCUCGCCCGUGCGCAACGCCGCGGCGUUCGGCUACGGCUACGGCACGGCGAAGGGCGGGGCGCCGCGGGCGCGCGUGGCCGCGUACCGCGUCUGCUACCCGCCCGUCAACGGCAGCAACGAGUGCUACGACGCCGACAUCCUGGCCGCCUUCGAGGCCGCCAUCGCCGACGGCGUGCACGUCAUCUCGGCCUCCGUCGGCGCCGACCCCAACUACUACUUCCAGGACGCCGUCGCCAUCGGCGCCCUCCACGCCGUCAAGGCCGGCGUCACCGUCGUCUGCUCCGCCAGCAACUUCGGCCCGGACCCCGGCACCGUCACCAACGUCGCGCCGUGGAUCCUCACCGUCGCCGCGAGCACCGUGGACAGGGCGUUCCCGGCCCACGUCGUCUUCAACCGUACGAGGGCGGACGGGCAGAGCCUCUCCGGAAUGUGGCUGCGCGGGAAGGGGUUCCCCCUCAUGGUCAGCGCCGCCGCCGCCGUCGCUCCCGGCCGCUCGCCCGCCGACGCCAAAGAAUGCAACCUGGGCGCCCUGGACGCCGGGAAGGUGACGGGGAAGAUCGUCGUGUGCUUGCGAGGAGGGAACCCCAGGGUGGAGAAGGGCGAGGCCGUCAGCCGCGCCGGCGGCGUCGGGAUGAUCCUCGUCAACGACGAGGCCUCCGGCGACGACGUCAUCGCCGACGCGCACAUCCUCCCGGCGGUGCACAUCGGCUACAACGACGGGCUCGCGCUCCUAGCCUACAUCAACUCUACCAAGGUUGCUCGCGGAUUCAUCACGAAGGCGAAGACGUUGCUCGGCACGACGCCGGCGCCGGUGAUGGCGUCCUUCUCGUCGCAGGGGCCGAACACCGUCAACCCUGAGAUCCUAAAGCCGGACGUGACGGCGCCGGGGGUGAGCGUGAUCGCGGCGUGGACCGGCGCGGCGGGGCCGACAGGGCUGCCGUACGACCAGCGGCGCGUGGCGUUCAAUACCCAGACCGGCACGUCCAUGUCGUGCCCGCACGUGUCCGGCGUCGCCGGCCUGGUCAAGACGCUCCACCCCGAAUGGAGCCCCGGCGCGAUCAAGUCGGCGAUCAUGACCAGCGCGACGGAGCUGGAUAGCGAGCUGAAGCCGAUCCUGAACUCGUCCCGGUUGCCGGCGACGCCGUUCAGCUACGGCGCCGGCCACGUCUUCCCGCACCGCGCGCUGGACCCGGGGCUCGUGUACGACGCCACCGCCACCGACUACCUCGACUUCCUCUGCGGGAUCGGGUACAACGCGUCGUCGCUGGAGCUCUUCAACGAGGCGCCGUACCGGUGCCCCGACGACCCGCUGGACCCGGUCGACCUCAACUACCCGUCCAUCACUGUGUACGACCUGGCGGAGCCCACGGCGGUGCGGCGGAGGGUGAGGAACGUCGGGCCGGCGCCGGUGACGUACACGGCCACCGUCGUGAAGGAGCCCGAGGGGGUGCAGGUGACGGUGACCCCGCCGACGCUGACGUUCGCGAGCACCGGCGAGGUGAGGCAGUUCUGGGUGAAGCUCGCCGUGAGGGACCCCGCGCCGGCCGCGGACUACGCGUUCGGCGCCAUCGUUUGGUCGGACGGGAGCCACCUGGUGCGGAGCCCGCUCGUCGUCAAGACGCAGGUGGCUGGAUGAGGACGCCAUGGCUGGAACUGCAUUUUUUUUUCCUUUUCUUUAUUUUUUGUGGCCUCAGAUUUUAGGCUUUAGCUAGCAAGAACAGUGAGAAUAUGUUAGGAGGUUUUGAUUAGGGCAUAAAUUUCAGACAUGGGUUUAAUAAUAGAGGAUGUCAGAUUAGUGAUUUAUUUCUCAACUUUUUACCGUGUUGGUUCAAGUAAAACAUUCAGGCAAAACUGGGGAAAAAAAUUCUGUGCAGCCGGGCUGUACCGGGCUUCCUCUGCACCCCUGCUCCAAAUAUCUGACGCGUGGGCAAGUAAACGAUCCAACGGUGCACAGCCCUGUGCGAUCAUCGUGAGCGUUUCCUCCGCUCGGCUCAGCCCUGGCUCGCUGCACCUCAAGGUCACAGAUUCGGCUCAACAAACGGCUCAAAACGCUCGCCUCCCUCAUCUGCAUGUGGAAAAAAAAAUUUAAUGCUGCUACCCGGCCUCUCUUGUAUGUUAGAACAAAUAAUCAAUUA